UUGGUUAUGUCGAUUCAGAAUGAAUUAGCGCAAUACGAUAGUUGUUAACAUGCCACGUUCACAGUCACUUCGGCCGAUUAACUCCGAUUAAUUUAAUCGGUAGAAUUUAAAUUCGCCUCAAACAGAAUUUUUAACUGCUUAACCUGCAAUCUAAUCCUUUUCCAUAUGUUGAAUGACAAAUUAAUAAUCCUGCGUUAACAAGAGAAUGACAAAUGAAUAUUUUUCCACUGAGUACUGAUGGCUGUCAAGGGACUAGUCUCGUUGAUUGUCAAAUUUCUGACAGACCAGUUGCAAGAUGGUGAUAUAACUGCCGACUCGCGAGAGAGUUUGGAAGUGGCGAUACAGUGCUUGGAAAGUGCUUAUAACGUACAGGCAUCAGACGCCCCGGCAAAUGUAAAUCUGUAUCAAAUUUAUAAGAAUGCGGUGGAGAAUGCCGCGCCAGUCCUGGGUCCGGAAGCUACGCCGGAGGCAAAGGCCGAAGCGGAAAGAUUGAAGAACGAAGGCAACGCUCUCAUGAAGCAAGAGAAACACCACGAAGCGCUUGCUAAUUACACAAAGGCAAUAACAUUAGACGGUCGCAAUGCAGUGUAUUAUUGUAAUAGAGCCGCCGUUCAUAGCAAACUCGGUAACCACACCUUAGCCAUUAAAGACUGUAACACGGCGCUUUCUAUCGAUCCAUCGUACAGCAAGGCAUACGGUCGAUUAGGUCUAGCAUAUUCAAGUUUGGACAGGCAUAAAGAGGCUAAGGAGAGUUACGAGAAGGCCUUAGCGAUGGAACCGGAUAACGAGAGUUAUCGGAAUAAUUUGCAAUUGGCGGAGGAGAAAUUGGCUCAAUUAGGUGUCAAUCAGUCUCUACCUAAUUUGCCCGGCAUGGAUCUGAGCACUCUUCUGAGCAAUCCCUCUUUAAUGAACAUGGCGCGUCAGAUGUUAUCCGACCCGGCUAUGCAAAAUAUGAUGUGUAAUCUCAUGUCUGGAAACGUAGAGGAAGGUGGUCGCAUGGAAUUACUCAUAGAGGCGGGCCAGCAGUUGGCGCAGCAAAUGCAGAGCGCAAACCCCGAGUUGAUCGAGUCGCUGAGACGGCAAAUGGGCGGCAAUCCGAACGAUCCGGAACCACCGCAACAAAAUUAAAAAACGCGGCUGAUUGUGUGAUAAAUGGACAUGAAUUUUAUGGACAUCAUAGCUGACUUUCUUUCCCACUUGUAGUUACAGAUCAGUAUCAUUGUAUCGUUUUCUAAAAGCCGCCAUAAGGCGAAGAUUUUACAGCUUCAAUGAUAAUUCUGUCGUCACAUCUAAAGCGAUAAUGUAUCAUUGGCGCGUACCAUAGAAUUCAUUUCAUAGAUUAGCCAUUAUGGAUGUAACACAUCGGGGCCUCUUUCCACUCUCCUCAUCUUCUCUUUGGCUAUUGUACAAUUUUUUAUAGCAUACAUGCUAGAUCGAUACAACGUGACAAAAUGUUUUCUAAAUGCCAUGAUUAUUUAAAUGACUAAUAAUAAUAAUUCAGCGAUAUCCCGUUUUUCUCCGCAUCAUCCAGGGCAUUAUUUCUAGAUUCAUGCGCUGCAUUACGAACGACAAAAGCGGAUUUGUAUAACGCACUUGUUUACAUAAGUCUCGAAUGAGAGUAACGAAACGUUCAAUAGACGCGAAAUAUAUAUAUACGGAUUCGUGAUACCGAGCGAGUCGCAAAUCAUUGUUUAACAUUUUAUUCACAUCGUGUGUUCCACGCCGGUGUUGUACGAAAUUGACAUCUCUAUCAACGCAUUUUAUAAACGCAUGGUUAUUACGUGAUUAUUGAUUGAAAUCUUCGAUUAAACACAGACGAAAACUUUUGCAUAUCAGGUUUCACAAAUGCGUCUCGCGUUUCUGGAGUAUGCGGGUCAGCUUAGCACAUUGCAUAUUGAGAAUAAAGUCAACGUGCUAAUAAUACUAACGAACGAAUUAAACGUAAUAAAAAUUGCAUCAUGAAGAACAUAUUCGGAUUUCUUUUUUAUUGUUUCGCCGUAUUUCUUCCAUUAGAUAAUUGGAAAAAUUGUUUACGUACUCCGAAAUAUUGAUAGAUAAAACCAAAGAAGUAAAAAAAAAAUCGAGACAAAUAAAAAGCUUCUGACAAACAGA